AUGGCGGGCAUCCUUCUCCGCGGUCUCCGGUCGGCGAGCCGCAAGACCGUUCCCUUCGCCUCUGCCCUUCUCUCUCCCCUUCCAUCCCCUUCCCAGAACUUUUCCUACUCCUCCCUUUCUCCGCUGCCGCCCUUCCGCCUCUUUUCCACCGCCGCUGCCCGCGCCUCGGCCGCCGACGCCACCGGGAGCUCGCUCGACCCAAGCAGGCUCCGGAACGUGGCCGUGAUAGCCCACGUCGACCAUGGGAAGACCACCCUAAUGGACCGGCUCCUCCGCCAGUGCGGCGCCGACAUCCCCCACGAGCGGGCCCUCGACUCCAUCAGCCUCGAGCGUGAGCGGGGCAUCACCAUCGCUUCCAAGGUUACAUCGAUUUCUUGGAGAGAUAAUGAGCUCAACAUGGUUGAUACUCCUGGCCAUGCUGAUUUUGGGGGUGAAGUCGAGCGAGUUGUGGGAAUGGUUGAGGGAGCUGUCUUAGUUGUUGAUGCUGGGGAAGGUCCCCUUGCACAAACAAAGUUUGUUCUUGCGAAAGCUUUGAAGUAUGGGCUGCGUCCACUUCUCCUUCUGAAUAAAGUUGACAGACCUGCAGUUUCUGAGGAGACAUGCAAUGAAGUUGAGAGUUUGGUAUUUGAUCUGUUUGCAAACCUUGGUGCCACAGAGGAACAGCUAGAUUUUCCAGUUCUUUAUGCAUCUGCCAAAGAAGGAUGGGCUUCCUUAACUUAUACCAAAAAUCCUGCUGAUGAUGUAAGGAACAUGUCACCAUUGCUUGAUACCAUUAUAAGACAUGUGCCUCCGCCAUCAGCAAGUCUUGAGGCUCCUUUCCAAAUGCUGGUUUCCAUGAUGGAGCGUGAUUUUUAUCUUGGAAGAAUAUUGACGGGACGCAUAUCGUCAGGGGCUCUUCAUAUUGGAGACAAAAUACAUGGCCUUCGUCACACAGAUGAUGGAGUUGAGAAAAUUGAGGAAGGAAAGGUCACAAAGCUUAUGAAAAAGAAGGGCACUAGCAUGGUCAUGAUCGACAGCGCAGGGGCUGGAGAUAUAAUUUCAAUGGCUGGAUUAAUGAAUCCAUCAAUUGGUCACACCGUAGCAAAUGUGGAGGUCAUGACUGCAUUGCCGACUGUUGAGUUAGAUCCUCCAACAAUUUCUAUGACUUUUGGUGUCAAUGAUUCUCCACUCGCUGGCCGUGAUGGUAUCCAUUUGACUGGAGGAAAAAUAGGUGAUCGUCUGAUGGCAGAGGCAGAAACAAAUCUUGCUAUCAAUGUUCGUCCUGGAGCAUUAUCAGAUUCAUAUGAAGUUCUAGGGAGGGGCGAGCUUCAGUUGGGUAUUUUGAUUGAAAACAUGAGGCGUGAAGGUUUUGAACUCUCCGUUUCACCCCCAAGAGUCAUGUAUAAAACUGAGAAUGGUGAAAAGCUAGAGCCUAUAGAAGAAGUAACAAUUGAGGUGAAUGACGAGCAUGUGGGCCUUGUCAUGGAAGCCCUUUCACACAGGCGGGGUGAGGUGAUUGACAUGGGUCCUGUUCCAGGGAGCAUCGGAAGGACUAGAAUAUCUCUGACUUGUCCAUCUAGGGGCCUAGUCGGCUACAAAAGUGUGUUUAGCAGUGACACACGUGGCACUGGAUUCAUGCACCGUGCCUUUUCAUCAUAUUCUAAAUAUCGGGGUCUACUUGGGAACGUUAGGAAAGGGGUAUUGGUAUCAGUGGGCAAUGGAAUCAUUACUGCACAUGCACUUAUGAGUUUGGAAGCCCGUGGAACUCUCUUUGUCUCUCCUGGCAUGGAGACAUAUGAAGGCAUGAUAGUUGGUGAACACUCCCGUGAUACUGAUCUUGAUGUAAAUCCUGUAAGAACAAAAGAACUGACGAAUAUUCGUGCUCCAGGAAAAGAUGAAAAUGUCAAGCUGACUCCACCUCGUUUGAUAUCUCUAGAAGAGGCAAUUGGAUAUGUUGCUUCCGAUGAGCUUAUUGAGGCAAGUCCCCUGUUUCAUUUGCAAGCUUAUUGCGAUCGGUCAUUUACAUUGACCACUGAUAAAUGCAUGUGGCCCGUGCAGGUAACACCGAAGGCUGUGAGGUUGCGGAAAAGAUACCUUGAUGCCACCAAGCGGAAGAUGAUGAGAAAUAAGCCAAAAGAUUGAAGCCAAGGCCACCAAGAUAAUUUCGUAAACUUUUUAUGUAAGGUUUUCUCAUAGCUACAUGUUAUUUAUUCAUUAUGACAUUUUUUACCAAGAAAUUUUGAAAAUAAUAUUAAAAUAUGAGCUGACCAUUUAUUGUACGAGAAAAUACAUUGAUUCAAGAUUUCAUGUUGCUAUUUAUGGAAAUACGAAAGAGAAACACGUAGUAUAAAUAAAAUUGUCUUUGCUACUGCUGCUAACAUUCUUAAAA